AUGAAUGCCAACACCCUCAAACCCCUCUUCGUUCUCAGCAUUGUUGGGGGCACAAUUAUGCCACUUGCGGAAGAAGAAUUACUACGGCAGCUUCUGGACAAGUCUUUCAAAGUUAAUUACCCUCCUGGCCUAUACCAAAAAGACGUACGGCCAGAUAGUCCAAUAGAGCCUCCUUUCAAGUUUUACGACCUCCAUAUUGGAUCCAAUCACAGCUUGCAGCGCGUUGUACUUCUUCCAUCCAUCCCGCACCUCUUAUCCAAAAUUUGCGACUCUACCGUUCAGGAAUUCUUGGCGAACGGCCAUGCAAUAUCUUCACAAGUAUUUGAACGCUGUUUAGAUAUGGCACAGGCUAGAUUCAGCGAUGCCCGCUCUGUUAACGUGUUCUAUAAUAUCCACAUUGGGGCCAUAUCUCGAGCAUAUCUCUUCAAACUCUGCGUUAAUCCUGAUUCAGAAACUGGGAAUUCACCCUUUUCGUAUACCUCACACAUUGUCAACGAACCAAAGUCAUUUUACAUUUCGAAAGCGUAUUUGACAUUGUACGAGGACCACUCUGGAGGGAUCCAUCUAGAUGAUGAGCUCAAGGAAGGUUUAUCACAAUCGACCGAAUAUGAACUCCUAGCGCUUCUGAAAAGGUUUCCUAGGUUGGCAAUGUGGUAUCACUUCCCCAUGGUUGAUACGUUUACGACAAUGUUGCAAAAUAUAGCACCAGAUAUCCGUUCAUGGGGCCGCGAGUCCCGUACUGCUGGAUAUCGCUUCAUAACCCAGACCAUUCCACCUCCAGAUUCGCAAAUGCUGGCUGAAAAGCUCAACGGUGCUCUCGGAACCACUGGGAAAGGCCUUUCAGUCAGAAGAAGUACAUCAAAUAGAAAGAGUAUCGCUCGAGUAAAAAAGACCAUAUCUCCACCUUUCGCUACAGAGAGAAAUAGAUAUCGCCCUAGUCUACGGCAUUACUUGGAGCAUGCUUGGGCGCAAGCGGCCAUUCACGAUACGACAUUCAUGACUUUCCAAUGUGGGCGAUAUGAGCGUAUUGGGAUCCGACAUAGAGCAUCGCAGACGCUCUAUCUUUCUGAAGUCAUUGAUACGGUCAACAUCAAAGAUCCACAUUACCAGAAGAUUCAUGUCGGGCUUCACAUUGCGAUAUAUCAAGAUGCUCUGGAAAGAACAAGAUCUCAGGACAUUGUCCAACAGAAAUUGGGAUCAAAAGGAAAGAAGCGUGGUUCAGAUAGUCUCGAAUAUCAAGAUAUUCUCCGAUCCAAAAAGCGCCGUCGAGCAGGGGACGCAAUGGUUCCAACUUAUAUACCUAGUAAUAUUGGGAAACACUUGGUUGAUCGUAAGCUUGCUCUUGUUAGCUUGGACUAUGACGCACUGUCUUCCUCUGUGCCUUCUUCGUUUAUUCGAAUCGGAGAAUCAUGCAAGCGGAUAUCUUCAAGGGAGGAAACAGAUUGGACAAAGGAUGCAUUUGAACAGAACAAGUUCGAAUCCAAGGAAUACUUCACUCUCACAUUGCUUGCCCCACUUGGCAAUGGUGCGAUUGGAACCGCCCACUCUGCUCUGGCCGAAGUUAAAUUAGAGUCUGGAGAGGUGCUAAGGGAGAGACUGGUUUUCAAGCUCGCAUUCACAGAAAAAAAUCAAGAAAAACUGAGGAAUGAAUUUGAUAUUUAUUGUCAUAUGUCUCGAGUCGACGGAAUUGAAGGGAUUCUCGAUGUCCAUGGUCUUUUCUAUGACGCGGAAUCGAAAACAAUGGGCUUGCUGAUGGCAGAUGGAGGUAAUUCCCUUCAAAAACGAGAGAUGGGGCGAACAGGGUCUUACGCUGACAAGGUGACUACCACUCCGAAAGAGAGAGAAGUUUUUAGGCGUAUAGUAGAAAGCCUCCGAUUGGCCAAGGUCUUUCAUAACGAUAUCAGAGCCGACAAUCUAACGAUUGACUCGAAUGGUAAUGCCUUCAUCACCGACUUCGACAGUGCCGAAUACCGAUACCCAGAUGAUAUCGCCAUGAAGGAGGAUAUGAGGUGCUUAAAUGCAAUGUUUGAAGGGAAAAGUAGGUACGAUUCCUGA